AUUCAGUUGCGAUCGCGGCGUGAGCGCGUUAGGUACUAGAAAUUCAAGAAGCAUAAGUCAUUUUCACAAACGGGUGGAAAAUUUUCUAUAGCGACCCCCAUGUUAAUGGUGGUUGAAACGCAAAAGAGCAAAAGGGCCGUAUUAAAAACCCUUUGCCAAUAGUGGUGCAAGAAUAUACAUAAUAAAUUAUUUUUAUCAAAAGCUAUAAGCACAAAAAUUCUUAUAAAACACCAAAAUAUAUAUUUCGGUUCGCCGAAUAAAAGUGCUACGUGAGACUGCGAUUUGCAGUUUCAAGAAGAAAAAUAUACAUAGUUCUUUGUUAACAUAAAAAACGUCAAGAUGGUAGCGAACGAAAAUAAAAAUCUAUUAAACGAUAACAGAUUGGGCGUUAGUGGAAAUGGUGGCGCUGGACAACUUAAAGCACAAAUCGUGCCCGCGCAGCCCAAGACUCUGCAGCAUUUGCCGAAGCGACCACCCGUGGACCUGGCGUUUCAUAAUUUGACAUAUCGCGUCAAGGAGGGCAACCGAAGCAAUGCCAAAACCAUUCUCAAGGGUGUCAGCGGCCGUUUGCGCUCAGGAGAACUUACGGCCAUUAUGGGACCAUCCGGCGCUGGAAAGAGUACAUUGCUCAACAUUUUGUCGGGCUACAAAACUUCAAAUAUCGAAGGUAGCGUUACCAUGAAUGGUUCAGAACGAAACCUGAGCUUAUUUCGUAAAUUGUCCGCAUACAUUAUGCAGGAUAAUCAACUGCACGGAAACUUAAGUGUUCAGGAAGCGAUGACAGUGGCAACCAAUUUGAAGUUGAGCAAAAAGUUCACGAAAUUUGAAAAGAAUUCAAUGAUUGAUGACAUUCUUUUGACUCUAAGCUUGAGUGAACAUCGCAACACGAUGACGCGCAAUCUGUCAGGAGGGCAAAAGAAACGAUUAUCGAUCGCACUUGAGCUGGUUAGCAAUCCGCCGAUUAUGUUUUUUGAUGAGCCCACCUCUGGACUGGACAGCUCGACAUGUUUCCAAUGCAUUCAUCUAUUGAAAAUGUUGGCUGCCGGCGGACGUACUGUCAUCUGUACCAUACAUCAGCCGUCCGCUCGACUAUUCGAAAUGUUUGAUCAGCUUUACACACUUGCUGAUGGGCAGUGCGUGUAUCAAGGUAGCACUAAGCAACUAGUGCCUUUUCUAUCUACGCUGAGCCUCGAGUGCCCCAGUUACCACAACCCAGCGAGCUAUGUAAUAGAGGUGUCCUGCGGAGAGCAUGGUGAUCACAUACGCAAGCUGGUUGAUGCCAUUGACAAUGGCAAACGGGACAUUCGCUCGUCGGCAGACUAUGCUGGUCUUAAGGCACGCAACGAUCUGGUGAAAGUGCAAAAUCUGAAAGCUAUUUUGGAUAAAAACGAUCUGUCCAACGUUAGUGGCAGCAAGUACGAGGACAACCUCACGCUGAACAACGGUUUGCUCAAUGGAAUGGUUAAUGACAUUGUAAAGGAAACUAAUGGUCUAGGGGCGCAAGCUGUGGUGACCACCAACGAGAAAGGCGAUGCUAUGAUUGAUGUGGAAAAGACAGACAAUUGCACCGCCGCGCUACUUUCAGAGGAGAUUUUGUCGCCCGAGCGCUAUCCAACAUCACAAUUUCAUCAGUUUUGGGUAGUUCUAAAGAGGACCUUGCUUUUUAGUUACCGUGACUGGACUUUGAUGUACUUGCGCUUAUUUGCCCACCUCCUGGUUGGUUUUCUAAUUGGAGCUCUCUACUAUGAUAUUGGUAACGAUGGCGCUAAGGUACUAAGUAAUUUGGGCUUUCUGUUUUUCAACAUGUUGUUUUUGAUGUACACAUCUAUGACCAUAACGAUUUUAUCAUUCCCUCUUGAAAUGCCAGUAUUGCUAAAGGAGAAUUUUAAUCGCUGGUAUUCUCUGAAAUCAUAUUAUUUAGCUAUAUCAGUUGCAGAUCUACCAUUCCAGGCGAUUUUCUGUGUCAUCUACGUAUCAAUCGUAUACUACUUUACCUCACAGCCCUGGGAAAUUUUCCGUUUCUCCAUGUUCUUAUCAGCUUGUCUUCUAAUUUCGUUCGUGGCCCAGUCUGUUGGCCUGGUCGUCGGCGCUGCAAUGAACGUACAAAACGGUGUCUUCCUGGCGCCUGUCAUGUCGGUACCAUUCCUACUCUUCUCUGGGUUCUUUGUUUCGUUCGAUGCAAUUCCAGUUUAUUUACGUUGGAUCACAUACCUUUCAUAUAUACGUUACGGUUUCGAGGGCACAGCUUUGGCCACCUAUGGCUAUGGACGUGAGAAACUAAAGUGCUUCCAAACGUAUUGUCAUUUUAAAUCGCCCCUAACUACCUUGGAGGAGUUGGACAUGGUCAAUGCGAAUUUUACACUUGAUAUUGUUGCAUUAGUUGUAAUAUUUGUAGUGCUGCGGGUUUCGGCCUAUCUCUUCUUACGCUGGAAGCUUAAGACUACUCGCUAACUAUUUUAAUAUAUUGCUGUGUUUGGGUUUAAAAGCUUUCUGUGUAUGUACCCCGAUGUAUCUAUUAAUAUAUCACUAUUUGUUUUUAGAUCCCCGAAACGUUAAGUUUCUGUAUAAUUGUUUAAAUUACACUAAAAAAAAAAAAACAAUUUUUAAUUUAAGUGUGAUGGGACCACAAAUAUAGGUUUCACUGUGAUCUGUAUUUCAGCUCCAGAUAAAACAUACAAAUUAUAGCAAUUUAUAAAAAAAACUGCAAACUGCAUAAAAUGCGUAGAGCA